GCGGAGGGGCGGCGAGGCCGGGCCGGGAAGAUGCUGUUGUCCCUGGUGCUGCACACCUACUCCAUGCGCUAUGUCCUGCCCGCCGCCGUAAUGCUGGGCACCGCGCCCACCUACGUGCUGGCCUGGGGCGCCUGGCGCCUGCUCUCCGCCCUGCUGCCCGCCCGCUUCUACUGGGAGCUGGAUGACCGGUUCUACAGCAUCUACCAGAGCAUGGUGCUCUUCUUCUUCGAGCGCUACACCGGCGUGCAGGUUAUAAUCUAUGGAGAUUUGCCAAAAAAUAAAGAGAAUGUAGUAUGUUUAUCAAAUCAUCAGAGUACAGUUGACUGGAUUGUUGCAGACAUGUUGGCAAUCAGACAGAAUGCUCUUGGGCAUAUCCGAUAUGUUUUGAAAGAUGGGUUAAAAUGGCUUCCCUUGUACGGGUGGUAUUUUUCUCAGCAUGGAGGAAUCUAUGUAAAACGAAGUGCCAAAUUUAAUGAAGAAGAAAUGAGAAACAAGCUGCAGGCCCAGGUGAAAACUGAGACUCCAGUGUAUCUUGUGAUAUUUCCAGAGGGAACUCGUUACGAUCCAGAAAUGCGAAAAGUCAUUGCAGAUAGUCAGUUAUUUGCUGAAAAAGAAGGGCUUACAGUAUUAAAACAUGUGGUGACACCACGUGUAAAAGCAACUCAUGUUGCCAUUGACACAAUGAAGAACUACUUAGAUGCAGUUUAUGAUGUUACAAUAGCAUAUGAAGGUACUAUGGACCACAAAGGGCAAAGAAAAGUGGCACCAUCUAUGACUGAGUUUCUGUGUAAGGAAUGCCCAAAAGUUCAUAUUUACCUUGAUCGGAUCGAAUUGAAAGAUAUUCCAGAAGAACAGAUGUAUAUGAGAAGAUGGCUUCAUGAGCGCUUUGAAAUAAAGGAUAAGUUACUAAUGGAGUUUUAUGAUGCAAAGGAUUCUAAAAGAAGAAACAAGUUCCCAGGGAAAUGUGUUCAUUCGAAACUAAGCCUCAAGAAAACUUUACCAUCCUUGCUGUUUUUAGGUGGCCUGACUGCUAGUAUGCUUCUAACAGAAUUUGGAAGAAAACUUUAUGUAAACACAUGGAUAUAUGGGACUUUAAUUGGCUACCUAUGGGUUAGUAUUAAAGCAUAAGUAACUGCUGGUCUCCAAUGAGAGAAAAAUGUUCUCUUGUCUUGCACAUUGCACCAAACUUUCUCCUGAAUUUAUAAAGAAAUGCAAAGAAAGCCUUAUUGAUUGAACAUUGGAUAAAUUAGAAUUUAUGAUUUACAUCUCUGUGUGGUUGAUCUGGGGAAAAUACUCUUAGUUAUACAAAUUUGCUACUGAUUUUGCUGUAAAAAUGACAGAUAAACUGAGUUAUAUUACACAUUGCUUUCCCUAUGAAUGAACAUCCAUCUGUAUCUGCUGAAGAUUAGUGGAAAUAUGUCUUUAUACAUAUGUAACUUAAGUGCACCAGUGAAUGUAUUUACUAACAAUAAUUUAGGGAAUAUAUAUACAUAUUCUCCUACUAUUAUUCAUGUUUCAUUUUUGUAACUUUUCAGUUCAUUGCAACAGCUCAGUUAUAUAUUACAACUAACAGCAAAACUAAUAUUUUUUUAGUUGCUUUUCAAUUUUAUCUAAAUAUGUUCCUCAAAAGCUGAUCAAGUAAAUUCGUAAAUCAUGAAACGUUAUGCAAGGCAGAGAAAAAGUUGCUAAGAACCAUUGUUCAUUGGGAAGAAGUUUUGUUUUUUAGUGCAUGAUCUUUUGAUUACAUUGCAUUAUUAGCUGAUUUAAUUAUUUUACAUAUGCAAAACAUUUAAUUAUAAUUAAUAUUGAAUCAAUUGCUUAUUUUGUGUCCUCUGUGUUUGUGCAGAAGAGAAUAUGUGCAGUAUAAUGAAAUGUUAAGUUUAAUUGUGGCCUAACCAGAUUGUAGCCUACCAUAUGUCUAUACUAUGUCUACCAUAUGUCUUCAUCAAUACUUUGUUGAAGAUUCAGCUAAGCUAAUAGACCUAUUGAGUAUAUGUGCCAUAAGCAGUGUGAACUUCAGAAGUUUCCUGUUACCACAUAAUGAUCUCAAAGCAAAUUGAUGUACUCUGUAUUAUACAUGGUAAUAAUAUAACUUCAGCAAGAGUGUAUGUUAUGGUAACAAGGAACUUUCAGAUGUUCCUACUAAACUUGAAGCAUGUGCCUUUUAAUCUAUGAUUUAACAUAUUCAUUGUCAAAAAUCAUUUAGUGUUAUACUAUUACCUUAGACUUUCACAGCUCCCUAGCUGAUAUAUACUUCAGAUGGAUUGAUGAUUUUGGUGAUGAAUAAUUGUGAAAGAAAUGCAUAUCUGACCAGUAUUUUACCUGUUUAAAAAUGUAUAUUUUUUAAAAACCUCUUGUCAGCAGGUUCCUGUGACUAUGGUUUCUGUAACUAUUGUAUCUGUGUAUUACGUGGGAGAUUCCCUUUCCUUUUGUCCAGGGAAUAGACUAUCUGCAGUAGGGUUCAGCUAGAGAAGAUAAAUCAGACUCACAGCAUCGAAAUGUAAGAUCUAGAGUAUGCUUUUAUCUCACUUCUCCAACCUUUAAAUGUGCAUCUUCUAUUAGCUUUAAAGGUGUUUACAUUGCAUAAACACAUUAAAAUAAUAUACAUCUUGAAAUUAUCAUAGAUCUCAAAUUCAUCAUAGUCAGUAUAAUUGAGCAAGCGCUUGCUUUUAAUACAUAUUUUUCUUAACAUUUUAUAGAGGAAUAUUUACAAGUCCACCUUAACAAUGAUCCAGUACAGUUUUCAGUUUGUAACUCUAUAUUCUGUAAUAAUGGAUUUUGUCACUGGGCAUAUUUAUGCCUUUCAUUCCGCAAGAGGUGUUGAUGAACCAUAUUAAAACAAUGACAGGGAACAAUGUUUAGAACAGUAUUGUUGUGAGACUCUUGAAACCAUGGAAAAAUAAGCCAUUUUAUGUAACAGGCAAAUGUGCUUCCCAUGUGUGUCAUGCAGCUUGAGCUGUUCUUGACAGAAUGGCCUCAGUGGAUACAAUCAGAACUCAGUGUUCUUCUGGUAAUCUGACUUUGACGUGUGAAAUAUAAAUUUACAAUGAAUCCUCGCUGUGUCAUGAUUUCAUGUAACAGUCCAAAAAUUAAUAGUAACACUUAAGUAUACAAUACAAAUGAAUGCAAAUGAUUUAACUCACUUGUAGCAGAGUUACUGCUGUUUUGGAGGUGCUAAUGACUAGAAUUUUGGCUCUCCCAUGUUUAUACUAUCUAUACUGUAAUUGAUUCAGCAAAACAAAACAAUUGGCCUGUUUAUUUUGAAUGUUAUUCUCCUGCUACUUUUACACCAUUUUUUUUCACAAUUGAUAAAUUUUUGAAAAUUGUUAUGAUUUGUUCAUGUAUAGGAUGUUUGGAGCAUUGUAUGUGAUUUCUUAAUAUGCACCGAAGUCAACUUGAAAUAUUUCUUCAUUAAACAGAAAAAAGCCAGAUGCUGCUUCAACUUUUUUUGCUGUUCCUAUUCUUGUUUGAAAUAUUUUUUUGAAGAUUUUAUGAUUGUAACUGUUGAUUGCUGAAUUAUUCUUUACAAAAACAGUUAACAUGCAUGGUUUUAACAGUCUUCAUUAAACAGGUUUGUGUGAACAAAAGUCAAAUAAAAAUGCCAUUGUUUUUC